CCACCAUGCAGCGCCGUAUUUAUAUUACAUCUCCCCCUUGCUCUGUUCCAACAUCUUCCUUUACGCUUCCAUCGCAAGCGAGUCGCCGACAAGCUUGGUUCUCUAUUCUCGAGGGCAAGCUGUGGCGUACAAGGUGAAACCGCAGAGGUUCUCACAGAGCACACACCACACGCUUUGAGAACCGCUAUGAGCGUAGUGGAGACGGUUCCACCCGCAGCAUUGUCCCAAGGGGAGCCAUCCUGUGGCACAGCGGACGCGACAGACGUUGAAGAGCAGCAUACACCUGAACAGUAUGCGGACUUCGUAGUCCUCACACCUGAUGAAGUUACACAGCGCCUCAAGGAGCUGGCACGGCCCGAGACCGCUGAAUUUGCCGAAAUUCACAGCGUAACGUUGCAGCCGUGCCGAAGCUACAGCUCUCAAGAUCGCCACGUCGUUCAACAGCUUCGCGUUCACGACCAGCUGUGGACCUUCACCGGAGUCUUUGACGGACAUCUGGGCGAUGCCACGGUCCAGCAUACCGCCUACCACCUCCCUAUCAUCGUCAAACAAUUCCUCGAACAAGCUCUGUCACAUUCGUCAGAGAAGACGCUCUCCCCACAGACAGUCUCCGACAUCCUCUCUCAUUCCAUCACGUCUUUUGACGAAGCCAUCGCUGGUGAUGUCUUGGAACUUUUCCCCGGAGGGAUCGACUCUCUCCCAAAGCGUACGAAUGAAGAGAUUCGGAGCGUAGUCAACGACUACUAUGACGGCGGGGAGAACUACCAGAAAGCCAGGUUGGCGAUGCAUGGCACUACGGCUCUCGUUGCUCUCGUUGAUCCCGAGCAUCUCAAUCUUUGGAUCGCAAACUUGGGCGAUUGUGAAGCUGUACUAGUGACACAUAGCGACGAUGGCCAGCGGAAGGCUGAAGCCCUCACGAGCGUUCAUAAUGGCGGUAACGAGUCAGAAGUGCAACGCGUUCAACGAGAACAUCCAGGAGAAUCUGAAGCCGUCGUCAAUGAACGGGUCCUUGGGGCGAUUGCACCUUUUCGCAGCAUCGGUGACGCUCCCUUCAAACAGCCAGCCCUUUUCACCCGGCGCGUCUUGUACAACCUUUACCCUGGCAUUCCGGACAGUUCGCCUUGGGAUACGUUCCUGGAUCGAAACAAGUCCCCGCCAUAUAUUUCGUCGCAGCCGGAUAUUCUUCACAGGCAGUUACGGCCCCAAGAUUCUGCGGGUUCUUCGAUAUCCUCAUCCGUACCAUCCACAAGGCAUCAUCUUAUUCUCGCCACCGACGGGCUAACCGAACUCUACGAAGAAUACGACCGAGAAACGAUGAUAGACGACUGGGCAUCUUGCAUCUCAUCCAAGAGGUCUUCCGCAGGGCACAAUGGUCAUGAUGGUCCCAACGGGGCGGACUCCGAUCGCAACCUCGCACUAGUAUUACUGCGAAGAGCGUUGGGCGGAGAGCCGAUGGACGUGACGAAAGUGUCUCAGAUGUUGACGCUAGACAUGGAACGACCCUGGAUGGACGAUACGACAAUCAUCGUUCAAGCCCUAUGA